AUGGGAGAUGGUCAGCGUUUUGUCUUUGUGAGUGGUAUCUGUAUUGUAUUGGUGCACCUGCUGAUCAAAUUCAAGCUGCACUUUUUGCCUGAGAGUGUGGCUGUGGUUUCUCUGGGGAUUCUGAUGGGAGCGUUUAUCAAGAUCAUCGAGUCGCAGCAGUUGGCCAACUGGAAGGAAGAAGAGAUGUUUCGUCCCAAUAUGUUUUUCCUAUUACUUUUACCACCAAUAAUUUUUGAGUCUGGAUACUCAUUACAUAAGGGGAAUUUCUUCCAGAACAUAGGCUCGAUCACGUUAUUUGCUGUCUUUGGAACAGCGAUCUCAGCCUUCAUCGUGGGAGGGGGAAUCUAUUUCCUGGGCCAGGCUGAUGUUAUUUACAAGAUGACAAUGACAGACAGUUUUGCAUUUGGGUCUCUGAUCUCCGCUGUGGAUCCGGUCGCCACUAUCGCCAUAUUUAACGCUCUGAAUGUGGAUCCUGUGCUCAAUAUGCUGGUGUUUGGAGAGAGCAUCCUAAACGACGCUGUGUCCAUCGUAUUAACAAAUACAGCGGAGGGCUUUGCGGGCUCAGAUGUCUCUACAGGCUGGGAAACCUUCAUGCAGGCACUCGGCUACUUCCUGAAGAUGUUCUUUGGGUCGGCCGCUUUGGGCACACUCACUGGUCUCAUCUCUGCUAUUGUUCUGAAACACUUCGACCUGAGGAAGACUCCGUCUCUGGAGUUUGGGAUGAUGAUUAUAUUUGCAUACCUGCCGUAUGGUCUCGCCGAGGGCAUCAAACUCUCCGGUAUCAUGGCCAUUCUUUUCUCCGGUAUUGUCAUGUCUCAUUAUACUCAUCAUAACUUAUCACCAGUCACUCAGAUUCUCAUGCAGCAGACGCUUCGAACCGUGGCCUUCAUGUGCGAAACAUGUGUGUUUGCGUUCCUGGGGUUGUCUAUCUUCAGUUUCCCUCAUAAGUUUGAGCUGUCGUUUGUCAUCUGGUGUAUAGUUCUGGUUCUCGUCGGUCGGGCUGUGAAUAUCUUCCCCCUUUCCUUUCUGCUCAACUUCUUCAGAGAUCAUAAAAUCAACCCCAAAAUGAUGUUCGUCAUGUGGUUCAGUGGUCUGCGGGGGGCGAUCCCCUACGCGCUCAGCCUUCAUCUGGGUCUGGAGCCCAUAGAGAAGCGGCAGCUGAUCGGCACCACCACCAUCGUCAUCGUGCUCUUCACCAUCCUGCUGCUGGGGGGCGGGACCAUGCCCCUCAUCCGCAUCAUGGACAUCGAGGAGAGCCAAUCACGGCGCAAGAACAAGAAAGACAUCAACUUGAGCAAAACGGAGAAAAUGGGUAACGCCAUUGAAUCUGAGCAUUUGUCGGAGUUGACAGAGGAGGAGUAUGAAGCUCAGAUUUUUCAGAGGCAGGAUCUGAAGGGCUUCCUGUGGCUUGAUGCCAAGUAUCUGAACCCUUUCUUCACCCGUAGACUCACACAAGAGGACCUGCUGCAUGGGCGGAUCCAGAUGAAGACGCUCACUAAUAAGUGGUAUGAGGAGGUGCGGCAGGGUCCGUCCGGCUCUGAGGAUGAGGACGAUGAGGCAGAACUGCUCUGAGACAAUCUUAUGAGGAGAGAUGUGGCUGAAUCAGAACUCAGAUGAGCCAUUCUCACAUCAUGUGGCACCAAGUAUACGAUCUGGACGGGCCUCUUUGGUUUCAAAGAAAUAAAUGAGGAAAAGAACAGGUGUGUGGUACAAAAAGCCUGGGAUUGUUAUAUGUAACAAAAGAAUAAAGAUGGAAGGCUAAAGAGAAUUUGAGGCAGAAAAAAAAUAAACAGCAAUAUUGGACACAUUUCUGUCAUUUUUUUAUAGGUUGAAGCACCGUGAUGUAACACAAUAUUCUUGCACUACGUUUUUUUUUUUUGGUGGUUUUGUUUCACAUACAGGCAAAUGACACCAAUGAAUGUUUGUGUUCUGUAAUUAAUUUAACAAACAUAACCUAUUUUUCUUUCUAUGAAAUAUGUAUUUGUGUUGUCUUUAUAAAUGGGAGUAAAAGAGUAUUUUAUAAUGUAUCUCGACACUGUAUUUUGUAGCAGACUUGAAUUUAUAAUUAAUUCUAAUGAAGUUGUGAAUGAAGGAAUUAUAUCUGUGCAUAAUUUAUGUGUUGUAUGCACAAAGCUGCAGUGGGAAAGUGGUGUAAAAAAACAUGCGAAUAAAUGAUGGAUUCCAGUAACU